GCCCGCCCGCCGACACCCGCGGCGGAGGAUGGCCGAGGACUCGCCCAAACGGCGCAAGGCGAACUUCAACGAGGCGGAGACGGAGGUGCUGAUCGAGCAGGUGCUGAAGCACGAGCAGCUGCUGUUCGCGGCGGGACCCGGCCGCGCCUCCGCGGGCCAGAAGCGGAAGGUGUGGGAGCUGAUCCGGCACAAGGUGAACCCGGUGGCCGCCUGCCCCCGCGACGUGGAGGACCUGAAGAAGCGCUGGCGGGACCUGAAGCGCCGCGACCGCAGCAAGCUGUGCCGCCUCUCGCAGGGCUGCGGGCCGCCGGCGCCCCCCGCCCUCGGCCUCCUCCUGGCCCCCGAGGAGCUGCCGCCCGCCGCCGCGCCGCCCGCCCGCCGCCAGCGCCGCCCCUACGGCUCCCUGCUGCCCGCCGAGGCCGUGCCCAUCGUGGGCGGCAUCGACACGCUGGAGCUGCCCGGCGCCGUCGUGGGGGACAUGGGGUUUAAUGGCAGUCCUGGCCCAUCUCAUCAAUCCAGUCUUGAGCAGAUGAACCUCAAAGAAGAAAUAGUAGUGAAGGUGGUGGAGCCAGAAGAAAGCUCUGAGGACAUGGUAUUGGUUCCACCUAGUCAAGAACAACUGCCUUUUCUGGGGACGUCAGGGAGUGGUUCCUCUGGGAAAGUAAAAGCCAAAACAAAAGGCAGGUGCCAGGCAGACCAAAAUGAAAUGACUGAAGAGGACCUACUGCAGAUUCAGCAGACCCAAAUACAGGUGAUCCAGUCUGGCUUUGACAGUGUCAACCACAAUCUUCGGCUGCUGCAGCAAGGCAUGCAAGAUCUGAAUAACAGCAUCAGCAUCAUGGCACAUACGCUGGUUGCUAUCAAGAACAUCUAUGUGAAAAACAACACUGGCCCAACCACACAUGCCACUGCAUCUACUCAGACCACAGCUGGGUACCUGAGCCCAGGAUCCCCCCAGCUCUCCCCUGCUAAGGACAGAGCUAGAGCACAGGUAGCUGGAAGCAGCAGCAGAAGCAGCAGCUGCAGCUCCAGUUCCAUGUCACAAGAACCAGGUCCUUCCGAGUUUCCUAGGCCCCCCCUGAGAACCAUUAAGAAAGAACAUCCAAAUGGCUGCUACUACUUCUGCUUUGCAGAUGUGUAAAAACUUGAAUAGAUGUAAAAUGACUGUGUUGUUGGGUGCUGAUGUAUGUUCUGCUCCAGCCUGUGACUUUGAAGGAGCAAAGUGGACUUGCCUCCCAUGUUUUUCCCAGUGGGAAACAUUUUGCUAUAGGUGGCAUUAAACACUAAUUACCAGUCUCCAGUUAACUGUUGCAGUUGGCUAAUAAAUUUCUUCUCUUCUCUUUAUCCUCUUAAAAAAAACCACAUUUAUUUUGAAUAAGACUUUUGUCUGUAUCAUCCCUUUGUUUAAUGUCACCUUGUGAAAAAUAAAAGGCAUGAGAGUGGGGUAAAAAAGUAACAUUAUGGUUACUACCACCAGGAGCUAUCUUACAGAAGUUACUUUGGUUUUGGAUUAAACAAGCCUCAGAAGUAGCUGGCUUUUUAAGAACUACCCUUCUCUAAUAGUUAUGCUUGUGGGUGUUUGCUUGGUUGUUGUUGUUGAGGUUUUAGAAGUCUGAGCUGUGCAAGGCAUCACAGGAGGAGUUUGAGAUACUUGCUUAUUCUAGGAAUGGUUUAGCACUGAGCAUUCACUGGCAUUCAUGAGUGUCCUCCUCAGAAGUCAUACAUUGUUCCACUUGGCUGUUGUUCAUUCCCGGCUCGUCAAAUGCACCUUCUCUUCAGAGACAUUGUGUUUUACUGCACUAGCAGGGUAGUCUCUUUUUUAACCAGUCACAUGGUUAAAAUAGAGAAAUACAGAAAAAUGAGGAAUGGAUGAGAGAUGCCUGUUUCUGCCAUAUAGGUUAUAUGCAGGCUGUAUCUUCAUCUGCUUUUGUAAGCCUUGUGGAAUCAGUACUACAGUGUUUGAAAUACAGAGGACAAAAAGCUUUGUAUUGUUUUACAUGAAAUGGAAGUCAGAUUUGCUGGUAAAUUACAGGAGGCAGGGGCUCACUUCAUUCCAGACAAAUGCUCCUGCAUAGUUUAGAAAGCUUUCAUUAUCAUUUCCUUUCUCAUAACUAUAUAGCCAAGGAAGAAGAAAGAUGAGGAAGAGUUGGAGCAAAAUGUAACCUGGUGUCAACUCUGAAACAAGCAAAAAUAAUUUUAUCUUCAUGCCAAAAAAGAAAAAUUGCCAUUUAGUAGUUAGAUAGGGAAAACUAUUGUCACUGGCACUAUUUUAAGUUGUGUUUCAGGCUUAUAUAUUCAAGCCACUCUACUUUGCACAAUUCAGAAGUAGCAGAGGUGCAAUGUUCUUGUAUCUGGCGUCUGUACCAGAGGUCAAAGAAAACCACUCUCACCUGAAAUUUUGUCCAAUGACUUCAAAAAUCAAACAGGUGCUCUUAAGCAUUUAUCACCAACAUUUAAAAAGGUUCUAGAGAUAAAUUUGGCCUAUAGCAAUGACUAGCUGCUUCUAGUGUUACAGUCAGUUUGCACAAGCAUUCCUGCUGCAGGAAUUAAGCAAAUACAAAUAAGAUAGAGAAUCACAAUUAAACUGCCCCUCUCCUAGAAGCAUAAGAAUAUGUAAUCAUAGCAUAAGGUAUGCCACUUUAUGCAGUCAGCUUUGACUGAACACCACCAUAUGAAAAUGUACUUAAUUUCCACCAUUACACCAUUUGGUGUACUGAAUUAACUCAUCUGCACUUCAAAAACCAGCCACUGCUGCCUACUAAAAUGUGAAAACAGGGUAAUCAGUUAGCAAGUGUUUCCUUUCAGAAUCACAGAUGUAGUAAAAUAUGAAAAUAUCUCACAAAAAUAAAAUGUAUACAUGUACAAUACAAUGUUCAAUGGGAUUAAUGCCUUGAAGAAGAGAAAGUUCUUUUUUCCAGGUUUACCUUAACAAAAGAAGAUGGUAUGGGUGACAGGUAUUAAGAAAUUGUUGAGUUUAAGAAUGGUAAAGAAUCCUUCUAAAUCACAUUUUUGUUUCUAUGUUGUUAAAAGCUUUCCAGAUUAACUUGUUGGAAGCAUUAUUUCUCCCCCAUCAGUACAGAUGGGCUCUCUUGAGCAGGGUUUUCUGUAACUAGUUUUCAUGGACACAAGGUAAUUCAUGCUAUCAUGACAUUCCUGGUAGAUUAGCGAAUGCCAUCUACCUAGUCCUUCUGGGCAGCAGUUUGAACUUGUCCAGGUUGCAACUGGCAGUUCUUACCCAUCUUUCUCUUGAUGUUUCAGUUCUUUUUGCAAUUGUUAAUUCUUGAAUUUCACAUACUACAGCAUUUCUUGGGAGAGGUGACUUGUGUCUGCUUUCUCAUGUUCCAGUACUGAUUUUAUGUGAGAGGCAGCUACAGUGUGAGUAGAGAAGUGCAGCAAGAUCCUGUGAGCAGAAGGGGCAGAUUGGAUCUCCUGUAUGAAUGAAGACAAGCCAGGCAGUGCUAAAAGACACUGUGGUGGUCAGACAACAGCCAGACCUCAACAUCAACGUACCACAGCAUGUUUGUUCUGAUCUUGCUUCUUUCCCUGUGUUUCAGUUGUACCGCUAAAAUAUACUGGAGCCAGACCGAAAUCACUCUUCCACUUCUGACACAUUCUAGAUUUACAUAUUUUAAAUACAGAAGGAAACUGAGCUACCUCUCAUCACUACAGAGUGGGCAAAAUUUUUAUUUUCAUCAUCAAAUUAAUACAGUAGGUUGCUUUACACACCCUUUCUGUGAUCACAUGCACCAUUCAGAAGCCAUACCAUUAAGUUUCUGUCUGCUCUUAAAAGAAGGUGAAACAUAAUUUUCUUGGUCUGUUACUGAGUAAAUGAAUUCCCAGUUUGUUUCCUGUGAAGCUAUCCAGGCUAUUUGUAUAAAUGACAAGAGCUAAUGACCUGGUCAUGAAGCUUAAUGAAAAUAUUGCCAAUUAUUUGAACAAAGGCAGAGCUGGCUUUACAUUUACCUGAGUGCAUGGCAUAACAGUGGUAAUACUGAGAAAGAGAUCCAGGGAAUUUUCUCCAAUUCUUCUGGACUUCCCUAAAAAACUUGUCCUGCUGUGCAAAGUGCUGCUGUGCACAGUUACUAGAAAAAAAUAAAAGGGUCUUGGAGGAAACUAGAGCAACUGGUAGCUUAACACUGCCUUUUCACCAUAGCACUCAGAUUCAUUCAUUCAUUCAUUUCUCUGCUAUCUGCUGCUUAAGUUUAUUGUACAGAGGGAGACAAGUUUCCUCAAGAGAUUGUAAAAGCUUAGUGACUACAUCCAGACAGCUGAUUAUCCCCAAAAGAGGUCAAUUAUAGUGACCUCUGACUAAAUAAAAAAAAUUCAAUUUUGAAGGGAAAAAUGCCAUUAGCAGCUGGCUUUUCAGGACCACCAUAUUGUUACUUAAAUUGACCUGAUCUGGCUGUGCCAAUCAUUUAUUGUUUAGAUGAACACAGACAGAAGGGAUAAGAAUAAAUAAAAAGUCAUGUUUCUGAGGUGGCCUAUUUGGAUUUUUCUGCAGUUAUUAAUAUACCACACAUGAACCUACUAAAUCAGUUAAACUUCCAUUGAUCCAAUCAUUUCAAUUUGCAAUAUGAACAUCUGAUUCAUGUAGUAGUACCAACAUACGCUUGUUUUUUACUUUCUUGAAACAGAGAAAAAAAAUAAUCACUGCUGAAGCACUUUAUCCAUUUAAAUUACAGGGUUACAGUAGUAAAAAACACUGAAAAAUAUUUCAGCUACAGCUUUAUAAGUUAAUGAAUCGUUAUACAAACACAAUCAAGAAUUGAAGUUUUGCAUGCUGAAUGAAUAUUUUAUUUAGAACCAGUUUAUAAAAAUAAAAUACAAAAUAAUUUGAAAACAAAACUUAAACAUUGUACAAAGCCUUGAUAUGGUACAAAUGAGAAAAUAAAUAAUUACAGCUUUAUGUACAAAUGACCAUUACAAGGGCAUUAACUCUUUAUGCUCUUGGGUGCCUGAGCAAACUUAAAUGAAAAGAUGGCUUAGAGGAUUUCCAAGGAGGGGAAGAGAAUUGCAAUUACUGAGUAAGAGAAUCUGAAGGACUCAACAUUUGUCUUCCUGAAUGGUAAAAAACAAUCUUUGAAUACUUUCCACUUAAUUUAAUCACACUGCAGACUUUACUGUCGAGUACUUGAUUUCUUGUGGGGUUUACAACAUUGUAUUUUUAAUUAAUACACAGAUUUAAUUCUUUGUGGUAUUGCCCAGAGAUUUUAGAUUAGCAGCCAUUGGUUGGCCACUUCAAAAAGUCAGUACUUGUCUGAAGGCAUUGCUGGUGAUUUCCUUAAUUUACUAGUUUGGAUGUUCAUAGGAAAGCAUUUGAAAACUGGCAUCUGUUAAUAACACAAGCACUGCAAUUUGAGUCUGGGCUGACUCUAUAGAAAAGAAAGUUAAAAACUGGGGAAGAAUUUCCAAUUUUGCUUUCUCGCCAAUGAAAGUGAAGAGGAUGCAGAGAAGGCUGCUUGGCAAAAAAAUCCAGAUCUCCAGUCAGAAGAAAAGUAUAUGAAAUUGUCAAAAAAAUCCUACUUCACUUUGCAUCAAACCUUUAUGACCAUGCCUGCCAUGCAGGAGAUACUGGUUUAAAAGGAUUUAAAGCCAGGCAGACCAAAUUAAUUACAUUGCAUCUUUUGGAGCAAGCUGUUCUGCUGUUACCAUAGGCCCUUUACAUAAAAGGUCAAAGAUCAAGUGAUCUCAAAACAAACAUCAAAUUAAUUCCAGCUGAAUUCCCACAGACGCUUGUGGAUGAUGGGGGCCUCACAUGAGUAGCCCACUUGGGGUACUGUUUUAAAAGAAACCACAUCGUACUCUUGGCCAAAGCUGGCCCUGAACAGUAAUUCUGACAGAAAAGGAGUGAUCCAGAGGAAUGUCAUGUCAUGUAAUAAUAGUAACAACAAUAAGAAAAUUAGCAUUUUCCAAUUUAAAGUACAGCAACAGCAAGUUUGAUAUUUAUAGAGCGAGUUUAUCUUUUCAGUCCCUAAUCAGGGGAAAGAGCCUUAACAAAACAGGACCCUAUAAUGAUUUUAAUGAAGUUGCACCUGCACAAGAACAGCAAGAACUCCCAUGGGUCCAAGCUCUUCAUGUAGGGGAGAAACAGGAGCAUAGCAUUUGGGUUUGUCAUCAUUAUUGUUGAGAGAGAAUGUGUUAUCACCAAUGGAGAGUAAAAUCAGCCUACCUGUUCAAACCUGAAUGGCAAGAGUCAUUGCAAAGUUAAUACACCAGUCUUUGAAACAAUGGACUCCUGUACAUUUUUCUUUAAAAAACCCAACCAAACAAAAACCCCUCCUUAAAGAUAUAUAUUUAAAAGCCUGAUUAUUUAAACCAUAUGAAAAUGAGUGAUAAAAACUUUUUGGCAUUUGACAAUAUCAUAAGAUAAUUCCUGACAAUUAUAAUAUAAUCCAAGCUGAUUUUAUAUAAUUUCUCUUUCACAAAUAUUAUGUGUAGGGAAAAGGAACACUGGCUUCAAGUAGACAGGUGAGGUAUUCUAAUGUGAUGUGCAUGUUUAUGCAAUUUGAUUAGCUAAGAAAUGUAUGACAUAUGCCUGUGUAUUGCAUGUAGUCAAAACAUUGAACCUCACUUCCUUUUACCAGCAUUCCUGGUAACCAAAAAUGGUACUAAUUACAACCAAAGACAUUUGAGCCAAAAGCAAAACAGCAAACAAACCAAAUCAAUUCACCGCCAGCUUGAUUAGCUAAAAGAAGUUGAAUAAAAAUAUUAUGUCCUGUUGUAUAAUUUUCAGAAAGAGGAAUCAAAGAAUCAUCAAGGUUGGAAAACACCCCCAAGAUCCAAGUUCAACUGCUAACCUAGCACUGCCACGUUCACCAUCCAACGAGCACCCAAAGCUUUCACCAGUUGAAGAGAGGACUCAUGGUUAAAAGUCAAGGCCUUUAUCCAGCCAACAGUUCUCUGACCACUCCUAAAAGUGGAAAAGCAUACAGAGAAUGCACCACAGCAAUCUUGGUGUUAACCUAAGCAGACCCUGACUCACUGAGAAUGACAAGACAGACAUGGCUCUUGUCACUUCACAGCAUCAGUCCUGCAUGUACUAUAAGCCUGUCAUGAGAAAGAGUUUAACUUUGAGCUCUCUUUUAUUCUCCUAUUCCUUUUCAGAAGACUACUCUCUCAUUUAAGAUAAAUAUAAAAAUUGGAGGCACAUAUAAUUCAUUUUCUAUUAGACCCUUUUAAGAAAUUGGAAUAAUUACAUUCUUCUUACCAGAAUUUAUGCCUCUAAGUGUUCCAUAAAAAUGUUCAAUUCAUUACAGAAAGAUUCUGUUUACAGGAAAAAGACUGUACGGUAAAUCUGGCCUUAUCUACAUUCUCAUCAAAGAGAAAAAAAAUUUUAGAAGCAUUACAGUCAACCACUGGAUAAUUAUUACUGCAAUAAGAAGGACUUAGAGGAGUUUUGCCCAAGUAGGACUAGAGGAUGAGGCCUUGUAAUAUGAAAAACACACAAAAUCAGAAUUAGGGCAUAGGGACAUUGCAGUAGAUGAAAAGGAGACCAGAAUAAAUCAAGGCAAAACAGGCCUUGGCUCACUCUGGCAAAUGAAUUCCAGUGAACAGGAUGGAAAAGCUGAGACUCUUCCUAUCUAUAUGUAUAUACACACAUAUGUAUGUAUGUAUAUAUAUAUAUUUCUAUAUAAUAUACAGUAUCUAUAUAAGUGUAUAUGAAGAUACACUUAGGUACAAAUGUGUAUUUAUAUAUAUAUAAAAUCAAAAUUGUAUGUUUUCCCAGCAAUAGUUAUUACCAUAAUAUUACAAAUCGUGGAUGAUAGAGCUCCAGCAAGUCUUUUUCAGAUGAAAAAUAUUUCAAGCUAUUUUUAAAUAUAUAGGACCAAAUCCUUUCUUAUACAUCAAGACUGUUUAGUGAGGUAUGCAAGAAAGCUUGAUCUCAAACAUGCAGACUUCAAGGUAAGAAUAUGUCCAGAUUUCCCAAGACAGGAUGUGGCUGGUGGCUGUAAUGAAUGCCUUGUGUCACUCUGCAGGGCUUUGCCUCCUGUAUAAUUAUAUAUAACUAGCAGUUAAGACCUCAUCUUGCUCCUGCCUUUGAGCAGUGAAAUUUUUUACGCUUAUUGAUCCUGCUCAAGCAGUAGAUAGGUGCUUAGCAUCAUACAACUUGCCAACGUUGCUCUAUUGUAUCACACUUUCUAUUAUUCUAGCAGGGUUUUACCGAAGUAGUAAUUGGCAUUUGUAAUUAAUAAAGAGGUUAAUUAAUAUUGAUUUUUGAGAUUGUAACUUAGAUUCAUUUUACCAUGCAAUAUUGUAGCACAAAAAUCUGUGUGAAAUGUUUGGUGAUUUCAAGUUCUAUUUUAGUUUAAAGGCUUCAUGCCUCAGUUUCUCUAAAAAAUGCUCCAAAGUGCUGGCCACAACACAGAAUACACCAUAAAGAGGAAAUGAGCGUGCAGCAUCUGCAGCUGCUACAUGUCAUGGCUCCAUUGCACUGCCCGCCAAAGAAAGGGAGAAGACAAAGCAACAGCUCCUUGAAUUUUAUUAUUUCCCAGCUAAUAUUCCUAUAUAAACUGCUGUGUGCUAUGCAGAGUAACGGCAGAUAUUUUGUACAAUGGAGAAAAAUCUUCCCCGUCCCUGAAAAUGUGUUGCAGAUAACCUGCCAUAAACUAUUCACACACACUCUGCACAAGGGUCACAAACAUGUACAUUGGUGGUUUUCUGCAGAGCCAUUUCCACAUUCAAAUACUGAGGCUUACAGAGUCCUUAAUGAUUAUAUAGGCCCUCUAGAAAUAUUAAGCUGAUAUUUAUGUAUGAGUUGAUCAGCUGACCAUUACUUAAUAAUAUUAACCGAUUGCUAUGUUAGACUACAGUAAGCAUUUCUGUAAACUUUCGGGAGAAAGGUAUCAAGAAACAAAAAACUCAAGAAGAGCAGGUAGUUCAAGCUAAAUUAUUCACAAUUGCUCCUCCAUUCACAUCUUCAUGAUUUUCUCCUUAGAUCCUGUUAAAUCUACAGCAAAAAAGCAACUGGGGGUAUACAGUCCUUCUACCUUUUCAUCACCAAAAGAAGCCUGUGUCACCAAUCAUGACUGAUUUCUCUUUUUCUUUUUGGCAUAGUUUACUAUUUUUACAUUGGCAAAUAGUUCAAGUAAGAGUGAAUUUCUACAGCAUUGGUUUAUUUUACAUAGUAAUGUCUAACAAUGGACGAGUGUGUACUUUGAAGACAACAUAACAGAGGUGUUAUAUGCUUUCUCACCUGUAAAGCAGUUACCGUUUCUGGAUCCUGUUACACUGGAGAGAGAAUAUAAACACCUCAACUUCAGCAUUUUCAGGCAACGAUGCAUAAAGUUAGUACUUUUGAAAACUGACAAUGUAAUGUAGGAAUAAACUUACAUGAUGAUAAUAAAUGCUUUUCAGAAAUAAGGAAAAAUAAUCAUGGGCUGCCACACCACCUUAACAAAUAAUUCCAGCAAGUGCCAAGGACAAAAACAUCACAAUGUGACCAAAUUCUUUUUUAUGGUAUACCAUUAGGAAACACAUAGAAAACAGAAAGGAAAAGAUGGAAUUUGUUGUUGUCACAUUCAUCCAUAGACUGUCACUGUUUCUGUAUGACAAGUAUUCACAAUUAAGAACUCACAUCAUGAAAUAAAAAUGAGCAAGACCUAUUUGUAAUAAAAAA